AAACGGCUGGCGUCUCUGCCGCGGGCGGGCGGGCGGGCGCCGCGGGACUCUCGGAUCCGGUGCGCGCGCGCACGCUCGCGCUUAGGCCGGCGGCGACGCUUCUUCGAGAACUUGGGGGGCCGAGAAACACGAGCCCGAGAUGGCGCUCCCCACGCUGCCCUCUUACUGGUGCAGCGGGAGACCCCUGGACCAGCAGGUCGCACGCCAGCGCCAGCGAGAGCAGGAGGCCCAGCUUCGCCUGCAGUGGGAAGAGAACAGCCGUUAUUUCAGGAUUUCGGACAUCCACAGCUCCAAACAGGCCGAAUGGAGCUCCGAGACCUCCUAUCGGCGGAGCAUGCACGCGUACCAGCGUGAGAAGCUGAGGGAGGAGAAGAGGAUGAGUCUGGAGGUCCGGCGUGAGAGACUCAGGCAGCUGGUGCUGGAGGAGCAGGACCUGCUGGCCGCUGAGCUGGAGGAGCUGAGGCUGAGCAUGAGCCUGCGGGAGCGAAGAAUCCGGGCACAGCACCGGGAUCUGAAGUCAGCCCGAGAGGAACAAAGGAAACUGAUUGCUGAACAACUCUUAUAUGAACACUGGAAAAAAAACAAUCCCAAACUUCGAGAGAUUGAGUUGGACCUUCACAAGAAGCACGUGAUCGAUUCCUGGGCAACACAGAAAGAAGAGAAAAAACAGCAAGAAGCCACGGAACAGCAGGAGAAGAAGCGGUUUGAAAACGAGUAUGAAGCAGCGCGCAGGGAGGCGAUGGACCGGCUGAGAGCGGAGGCGGAGCGGAGGCAGCAGGAAGACAAACUGCAGGCUGAGGCGCUGUGCCAGCAGAUGGAGGAGCUCAAGCAGAAGGAGAUGGAGGCAACCAAGCUGAAGAAGGAGCAGGAGAACCUGCUGAAGCAACGCUGGGAGCUGGAGAAGCUGGAGGAGGAGAGGAAGCAGAUGGCCGCCCUCCGGCGCAAGGCGGAGCUGGGGCGUUUCCUGAGACAUCAGUACAAUGCGCAGCUGCACAGGCGGACCCAGCAGAUCCAGGAGGAGCUGGAGGCAGACGGGCGGAUCCUGCAGGCGCUCCUGGAGAAGGAAGGCGAACUGCAGCGUGUCGAGCUGGCCAGGCGGGAGCAGGCCCUGGCCGAUGCAGCCUGGAUGAAGCAGGUCAUCGAGGAGCAGCUGCAGCUCGAGAAAGCUCGGGAGGCAGAGCUGCAGCUGCUGCUGAGGGAGGAGGCCAAGGAGAUGUGGGAAAGGAGAGAAGCGGAGUGGGCUCGAGAGCAGAGUGCGAGGGACAGACUGAUGAACGAGGUUCUCAUGGGGAGGCAGCAGCAGAUACAAGAAAAGAUCGAACAGAACCGGAGGGCACAAGAGGAAACCCUAAAACACAGGGAAAAACUCAUCCAGAGUCUGGAGGAGGCAAAGCAGUCAGCUCAGCGUGCAAAGGAGGAGAGAGAGGAGCUGAAGUCAGCCAGGAAGCAGGAGCUGGAAGCCCAGGUUGCGGAGCGCCAGCUCCAGGCGUGGGAAGCAGCCCAGCAGGCGGAGGCGGAAGAGGAGGAGGUCCAGCGGGCAGAACGGCUCUCGGAUGCCCUGUUGCAGCAGGAGGCGAAGGCCAUGGCUGAGGAGGGCUACCGGCCCAAGCCUUAUGGACACCCCAGAAUUGCCUGGGACUGACGUUGAGCACAGAGGAGCAUGCCGGACUUGAUAGACAGCUCCAGACAUCUGCACAGUGCUUGUUCUGGCCAGGGCUCAGGGCGCUGCUGGGUAGUUUGGCCAUGGCAGGACAUCGUGGUCCAGCGGAAUGUGAAGAUGCCAUAGGUGUGCAGCGCCCGGUGAGAGCCUCCCCUGCCUUCCUCACCCCGACCCACGUUUGCAGCACUGUCCAGAGGUCAUCCAUGCUUUCUGCAUAGACUUCAGAGCUACCGAGAACAAGUUGUAUUCCCAGCACAGGAUAUGUAGGUUCCCUGUACAUGUCAGCUCUAGGGAGGACCAGUCACAGAGAGGAAGGACCUUUCGGGUUUUAAAGUUGCCAUUUAAUAAGUUAUUCUAUUGAAGGCAGACUCGCAGGGUCUUGGUGUAGUUAUUUCAGGUCAUUAGCUGCGUAGCCCCAAAGGAAGAGCCCGGCAGUCUGGGCUUCAUCUGCCGUGCGUUCUGCAAAGACCCGGCAAAGGAGCUCCUUGUUCUGCAGUGUUGUGAGAAUUCCCAUGGGGGGCCGGGGCGUAGUUCAGUGUGGAACGCUUCCCUAGAACCUGUCUGGUCCUCAUCCCAGCCCCAGCCCCACCAAGAAGAAAAGAAGCCCAUAGAGCAUUAGAACACAUGUCGUCAAGGGCACCUGGCUGGCUAGCCUAGUAAAGGCAGGGGCGUGACUAGGACCUCCAGAGUCCAGGGCAGGCCUGUGUGCAGCCCUGUGGGAAUUAUGUGCCCAGAGGAGCAUGCGACCCUGGAGAAAUGGAAUCAAUCACAGCUGACCCCAUUUCCCCCACUGUUGGAUCCCGUGUGACACAGGCCCGACUCACCUCUGCCCACAGCUGUGGCUCCUUGCAGCAACAGUUGUUAGGUUUAUGACUUGUACUUUCCCACGCCCUUCCUCUGGGGUUCCGCACCCCAGUAAACUCCAGCCAGUUGUAGGGUCUCGUCUCUGGUUAUGGAAACCCAGAGCUUAUGAGACAGCCCAGGUCUGUGGGCCACGUCCCUUUCCUCCUCCGCUGUGGAACCCCAGCCCAGCCUCUGCACUUCCCACUGGAGCUCUCGGAUGUGGUCCCCGAGCAGCAUUUCCAUUAGGCACUUUUCAGAUGCUCACUAACGUGAAGGAAAGCUCAGGCUGUCACUGCUGCCGGUGGGUGCUGGGCAGGUUGAUGCGGACAGCCCACAUCACGGGUCUUCCACUGGUCACAUCGCACAGGUUACUCUCACUUCUCUUGUGAACAUGGUUCUCUCUCCCCUCCUGUUUUCCGAGACAGGGUUUCUCUGUGUAGCCCUGCCUGUCCUGGAACUCUGUAGACCAGGCUGGCCUCGAACUCAGAGAUCACCUGCCUCUGCCUCCUGAGUACUGGCAUUAAAGGUGUGCGGCACUCUGCCCACAUGGCUUUUCCCUCUUAUUUCUCCCGGAACCACAGAAAAUCACUAGUGGUUGCACACUGCUCCAGGGCAGAACCCGGUGGACAGACACUGCACACAGGUAUCGAAGGUUUACUGGACAAGCAUUGUUUUUCUGGCAUUAAAAUGAUGUCCCACUA